AUGCUAGAUGAAAAAUCAAACACUCCCCAUAAAAACCUUUCAAAAAACGAAUUUAAUAACGGUGGAAAUAUGUUUUGUAUUUUACAAAAUUCAGUGGCUCAAAUUGAAACUGGAAUGAACUCUAAAAGUGUUUCUAUUGGUUCAAAUUCUAGUAUUGCAGAGGUAGAUUUAAAUCAUGGUAAUGGCAAAUCCACUACAUGUGAAGAAGAAAUAUUCCCAGCCGAUGACGACGAUGACGAUGUGGUACUUGCCACACGACUACCUAACUCUUUACAUACAGAAUUUGAAAAGGAUAUAAACAAUAAUCCAUUUGCCAAAUUUGAAAAGACAAAAGAUUCCAUAACAGAGGAAAAUACACCAAACUGGGAGGAGAAAAAACAGUCAAAAUUACCAGUUACACUAAUUGAUUUGGAAUCUUCUAGUAAAAGUGAUAUACCCGCCGCAAGUAUUUUUUUUGAAACUACAGCUACGGCAAAUACAAGCACCACAUAUAAAAACACAAACAACACUACAACAGUUGCUUCUGUGAAUAAAAACUGCCAUGAAAACUCAACACGUAAUGGGGCAUCACCAAAUCAUGUGGUUAUAACUGAAGCUGUAAGAACGGGGGAAGGUCAAACAAAGAAAUACAUUUCGUAUAGUAUUAAAUAUGGAAACGAACUUGUGAGGAGAAGAUAUAGUGAUUUUGAGUUAUUGCGUAAUGCAUUACUAAAAUUAUUUCCAAUGAUCUUAAUACCACCGAUCCCCAAAAAGGAAACAAUAAAAAGUUAUGGGAAAUCCAUAUAUUCUUCAACUUCAAAGAGACAUGGAGAUCAUGGAGAUGGUAUGGAUGAUGCUAGUUACAUGCUACCAAGUGAAGGAAUAGGGUCUAUUAACUUAUCACAAUCUGUUAUACGUGUUUCUUCUAACGACGAACUAUUUAUCAGACAUAGAAUAAGUAUGUUAACCAGUUUUCUAAAUCGGUUGUUGGAAAACGAAGAGAUUAACAAAACAACUAUAAUAGCAGAUUUUUUGAAUCCUGAAUACCACAAUUAUAAAGAGUUAUUAAAUAGUUCCUCUACUAUGUGUGCUUUGCUUACUUCAAAUAUUUUCCAAUUAAACCCUCUAGAUCCAACUAAUACCAAUGGUAUUUACAAAUAUUUACCUAUACCACAGAAAAAAAACUUGACAUCAAAAACUGCCACUUUUUUUUCAACAAUGGGUGUGAAUUAUAGUUCAUCUUCUACUGAAAACUCGUGCGAUGAAGAAUCCCCAGCGAGGAUAGCCAAUAAUACUAAUGCUGGUGUUGAGGUUGAUAAUAAUAUUAAAAAAGAGGAAACCGAUGAUGGAGCCAUCGAUAAAAACCUUGGUAAAGAUAAGAAUGGACAUGUCCCAGCUGGAAGAAGAAACUCUGAUGACAUUGAUUUACACACAAAUUUAGAACGGCAUUUUAAGGACUACUCUUAUGUGUUAAAAAAAAACGUUUACAAGAACAGCAAGAAUAACGUAAAACACUUGAAGCAUCUACAAAGUGAAUAUAAAGAAUUAAGUCAAAUAUGGGGUCAGUUUUCAAAUCAAAGUAGUAUCCUAAGAGAAUCCACAAGUCUAUCUUCAGAUAUGGCGCACAUCAGUAACGCUUAUGAAGAAAGCUAUUUGAAUUUGCAGAGAACAGUUGGUAUUUUAUAUUACAACAUUAAUGAACCUCUUUAUGAAUUUUGCAUGAUGUCCACUUCUUGUAACAAAUUAAUUGAAUUUAGAAAAUUAAAAAAGCAGCAAUUAGAUCAAUUAAAUCAAGUUAUUAAUGAUAAAACGCAAUUGUUCAACAAAUUAAAAUUGAAAAUGAAUAUAACCCGAAAGGAAAACAACACUGCAAAUCUUACUGAAAGUGUAAAUAACAAUAAUGAUGAUAAUAAUAAUAAUAAUGUUUCAAAUAAAAAGAGCAGAUCGUACGGUAGUAUGUUUUUUAAGAAAGUGGGGGAGCUUAAAACCAUCGUUAAGGAAACCGUCAAUUAUUCGGAACCCAACCCCAAUGAACUGAUGCCCAGUUUAGAACAAGAAAUAAAUAGGCUAUUAGAAGUACAAAAAGUGGCCCAAAAGGAUUUGGAUGAUAUCACGGAGGCUAUUGAAAACAAUGAAAUUAUAAAAUACUCUUAUGAGAAAAAUCAGGAAUUACAGGAAUUGCUUAUAAACUACACCAGAUACAUGAGAACUUACGCACAAAAAAAUCUAGAGCAUUGGAAAAGCGUUAAAGAAAAUAUGGAAAAAUUUUAA